GCGGCGGCGCGUGGGGCGGGCUCUCGGGCUCUCGCGACCCCGCGCACGCCCGGGCGGUUCGGAACCCCUGUCUUUGGGCCGCAGCCCCGGGUCUCCGACCGUGCGCGAGGCAAGAUGUUGAGGCGCAGCUUGGAAAACCGGGAUGCUCAAACCAGACAACUGCAAGAUGCUGUCACAAAUGUGGAGAAGCACUUUGGAGAGCUGUGCCAAAUCUUUGCUGCUUAUGUGCGGAAAACUGCCAGACUGCGAGACAAAGCAGACCUCCUGGUGAAUGAAAUCAACGUGUAUGCCUCUACAGAGACCCCGAAGUUAAAGCAGGGCCUGAAAACCUUUGCUGAUGAGUUUGCCAAACUUCAGGAUUAUCGACAAGCAGAGGUUGAAAGACUUGAAGCCAAAGUAGUUGAACCUUUGAAAGCUUAUGGAACCAUUGUAAAAAUGAAACGAGAUGACCUCAAAGCAACAUUAACAGCAAGGAAUCGAGAAGCUAAACAGUUAACUCAGUUAGAAAGAACACGUCAGAGAAACCCAUCUGAUCGACAUGUUAUUUCACAGGCAGAAACUGAAUUACAAAGGGCCACAAUGGAUGCUGCUCGAACAACUCGCCAUCUGGAGGAGACUAUUGACAGCUUUGAAAAGCAGAAAAUAAAGGAUAUAAAGACUAUAUUUUCAGAAUUUAUCACUAUCGAAAUGUUAUUUCAUGGCAAAGCUUUAGAGGUCUACACUGCUGCCUACCAAAAUAUACAAAAGAUUGAUGAAGAAGAAGAUUUAGAGGUUUUCCGAAAUUCUCUGUAUCCACCAGAUUAUUCAUCCCGUUUAGAUAUCGUAAGAGCAAAUUCAAAGUCACCUCUUCAGAGAUCACUGUCAGCUAAGUGCGUAUCUGGAACAGGACAGGUAUCCACCUGUCGACUAAGAAAGGAUCAACAAAUAGAAGAUGAUGAAGAGGAUGAAGACUUAGAUGUUACAGAAGAAGAAAAUUAAAUUUCUUAAGUAAACUUUGCAUUUCCAUUUUCAUCUUAAAUGACUUGGAAUCCAGAAUGACUAAAACUGUAAAACUUCAUACUGGCUUGAAAUAAAAUGAAAUCCUACUGGAAAUGGAGAAAUUAUUAAAGGAAAUUUAUGCUGACCAAAAA